AAAGUUAGACAUAUGUCAUGUACCUUUACAUAACUUUACAUAUUUUUAGGCCAAAAUGCUUUGAUAGACGACUCGUAUCAUAUAGAAAUUACAGACACAAAUGAUUACAAGAUACGUUGAGAUAAUAAUGAAAUUAUGUAGUAUAGGGCUGGUGAUCGCAGCGGCGGGGUUAUGGGCAGGGGCUGGUGUCGAUGCUAGGCCCAAGUUCAGAGACGAGCAGACUCUUGUUGGAGGCACGAUAUGGAGCCAAAUAAUAAUACCCAUAGGGCUCAUGAUAUCGAAGAGUGUGGACGACAAUAUCGACAUGUUUGUUCUUGGAUAUUACCUUCUGACUGGGGUCGUGUUACUCUUUACCACUGGUGUUGUACUUAUUCUUCACGAGAUUGUAAUUAUGAAAAGGCGCCAGCACCAUCACCAUCAUCAUCAUCAACAUCAACCAGCAGUAGGGUCAAGAGAAUCAGUACGGCAUGCAAAGCAUGAUGAGCAAGUUGAUAAAGUGUAUUACGCUAUUGGUAUAAUCAGCCUCUUUGCGGGUGCUUUCAAACUUUGUGAAUUCAUUGCCAUAAUUAUGUCGUAGAGCUAUCGUUGGAUUAAAAAUGGCCUCCGUUCCUUUAAAAAGGAAAGAAGUAUAGCUAGUAGUUUUUUAUAGCUCUAUCUUUUUCUGACUCUGAAACGGUCAUGGCUAUGAAACGAAAUUUUCCCCGUUAAAUGACUGAAUUUUAAAUAUUUUGUGAAGUGAGUCUUGUCUAAUAAGAACGGUUAAUCCAGUUUAAAAACUGAUUUUGCAGUUAAGUUAUGGCACAAAACAGAUACGAUGUGACUUUGUAAUAUUGUUUACACUAAAUAAAGUGAAGAGAUGUAA